AUGAACUUCCUUGUAGUAGUUGUUGUGUUGUGGGCAGUACUAUUAAGUUUUGCUCCUACCGCCACAUCAAAAAGUAAUUAUUAUCCCAUAGCCAAACCCAACUGUGUUGAUCAUUGUGGGAACGUAAGCAUCCCAUUUCCCUUUGGUUUGACCAAAUAUUGUUCUCUAAACUCAUACUUCUUCAUCACUUGCAAUACCUCCUAUUAUCCUCCUCAACCUUUUUUAUGGAAAAGUAAUAUACCGGUAAAAAGGAUAUCAGUUGAAGGGCAGUUGACCAUCAUGAAACUCAUUGCUCAAACUUGCGAGGAAGAUGAUCAAUCCACCUGGUCAAAGAUCACACUAUCAAAAUUCUUCGUCAACCAGACCGCCAAUAAGUUCGUAGCCGUGGGUUGCAACACUAUUGCAACUAUCUCCGGACAGGAGAAUAGAAAGUCGUACCAAACAGGCUGCAUAUCAUCCUGUAACCGCUUCGAAGAUGUCGUGGACGGAGCUUGCAAUGGAAUCGGGUGUUGUCAAACCACAGACAUUCCUAUGUUGACGAGUAACGUGAAGUUUACGUUGGAAAACAUGACGACCACAAAUAAUCAGUAUACGGAUGGCAAUAUUACUCAUUGCAGCUACGCGUUUGUGGUGAAAAAGGAUGAGUUCCACUUCUCCUCCGAUAUGCUUACCCAACAAUGGGAAGUCAGGAGAAUGCCAAUGGUAAUUGACUGGGUCAUCUUCAACGAUACGUGCAGAAACUCUAGCAGCACAUGCCAAGGUAACACCAUAUGUGUCCCUUUUGAAGGUCCGGAUGGGGGAUACAGAUGCGCUUGUGGGAAGGGUUAUGAAGGCAAUCCAUAUCUCCAUCCAGGUUGCCUAGAUAUUGAUGAAUGUGCAGAUGAUGGACAGAACGACUGCUCCUCCAAAAACGCCAUUUGUUUGAAUACACUAGGCGGUUACAAUUGCACUUGCAAGGAAGGUUACAUUGACGAUGGGAAAGGUACGGGUGGCUGCCAAUUACCUAUUAAAGAUGAAUGCAAAGUUAAUGGAAAAGGAUGUCAUUCAUCUAACAGAGUAGUAGUGGACUUCAUAGUUGUGGGUGUCUCUUUAGGCAUGAUAGUGCUGCUGAUCGCUGGUUUUUCUCUGUACUUGGCACAUCGGCGGAGGAAAUCAGCACAAAUGAAGGAGAAAUUCUUUAGGGAGAAUGGAGGAUUGAUUCUGCAACAGAGGAUUUCCCAAGGUAGUGCAUCUUCUGGUACAACAAGAAUUUUCACUGCCAAGGAGCUUGAAAAAGCCACCAACAACUAUGACCAAACAAAAAUCAUUGGUCAAGGAGGUUUUGGCAUUGUUUACAAAGGACACCUUCUUGAUGGUCGGGUAGUAGCUGUUAAAAGGUCCAAAAUAAUGGACCCAAACCAAGUCGAGCAGUUCAUCAAUGAGGUAAUUGUGCUCUCUCAAAUCAAUCACAAAAACAUAGUCAAACUCUUUGGCUGUUGUUUAGAGACAGAAGUUCCAUUGCUGGUUUAUGAAUUCAUAAGUAAUGGAACGUUGUCAGAGCAUAUCCACAACAAAGACAAAGCAUCUGCUCUACCUUGGUCGAGUCGUUUAAGAAUAGCUACCGAAACAGCUGAGGUACUCUCUUAUUUGCACUCUGCAGCCUCUCCUCCCAUCAUCCACAGAGAUGUUAAAUCUGUGAAUAUUCUCCUCGAUAAUGAUUAUAUUGCCAAGGUAUCCGAUUUCGGUGCAUCAAGAUUAGUCCCUCAAGAUCAAACUCAACUGACAACAAUGGUGCAAGGAACAUUUGGUUACCUAGAUCCCGAGUACAUGCAAACCCACCAUUUGACAGAAAAGAGUGAUGUUUAUAGCUUUGGAGUUGUCCUCGUGGAAUUGCUAACGAGCAAGGGGGCUAUAUCUUUUGACGGCCCAGAGUUAGAGAGAAAUCUAUCUCAACAUUUUCUUUCAUCAUUGAAAGAAAAUAAGUUGUUCAAGAUUCUUGAUGGCAACAUUUUAUGCGAAGGAAGCACUACUGAGGAGUUGCAAGAGGUUGCCUUACUUGCAAAAAGAUGUUUGAAUUUCAAGGGGGAGGAUAGGCCGACAAUGAAAGAAGUAGCAAUGGAACUAAGUGGAUUGAGGAGAGCAAUAAAACAUCCAUGGGCUAAUAAUUCAGCGAAUUCCAUGGAAUCACAGGCUUUAGUUAGGGAAUCAUCAAUUCCCUUGGGAUAUGAUCCUAAUUUUAGUGUAUCAACAAUUGGAUAUGAUAGCAUAAAAGAUGAUAUGGAGUUACCACUAUCUGCGGGAAGAUAAUUGUAAUUAGUUCAUCUCAAUAAAUUAGCUUUUCUUUUA